AUGAGGUGCUCUCGAUGCCUGCCCCCUCUCCGCGUGAAGAGCACGAUGCUUGUGAACCGCGUGUUACUUGUUCACACGUCGACUCGAACACUCUCAGCAUUUCGACGUGGAGUGGACGAGUGCGCCAAGGCCGCGAACGUCUUCGCGGGCCAUAUGGGUCUCCUCGAAGAACCCAGCCACAGCCGAUCGACCGGCGCGGAACGGGCACCUGCAUCGGCUGCUGAGACGCCUCAGCCAGCCGACAUGCCGACAACGACAAGUGUGGCCGAGGACCAAGAGGAGCUGAAACGAGAGAUGGCUGAGCAAGCCAGAGUCUCUGAAACGCAUAGUGAUAUGCUCCGAGAAGCAUCAGAUGCGAUGCGUCAGCAGCACUUCAAGGUAGAAGAGCUGAAUCAAAAAGUUCGCCGUGACAGCGAACGAUGGGGUCUAUUUGCAGAGCCGGCGAAUCAGCGUUCGGCAUUUACGACGGUCCGAGCAGCCGAAGCGCCUCGGCAGGAGAAUCCGUACUCGCGACGCGUGGAAGUGCUGAACCGCGACAUGGUGAAGAUUGUGCCGUGUGUCUGCGCAUAUGAUUUUGGGUGGUCGUUUGAAGAUUUCGCGGAGAACGAAUGGCGUGACUAUUUCCUGUCUGCACGAGAGGUGCAGGUAUUGGACCUCGACGCCGUGACAAAGGCGAUAGCGGCGUUGAAGAUGGACACGAAGAUUCGCGUCACUGAAUCGCGUGUGGGAAGACAGUUAGCCGACUUCUACGAGAAGUUGGAGCAACUGGACGUUGCACGCUUGGUGAAAGAAGAGCCAAAGCAGUCGACAGUUGAUCGCGAAACGAACAAGGCGUACACGUCAGACGUGCGUUAG